UCAUGCCGUCUUGCCGCGGACAGUUUCGGUUCCAUCCUGCAUCCUGACGUAGCUGACGUUGGUCGUCAUGUGUGUGUGGUCCAUUGCAGUACGGUACACGGCGGCCGGCGAGAACUGAUCGUGUUCAUGGUGGGAGGUCAGGAGGUGCUCGUUGAGGUGCUCCACGUCGAUGGAAUACUCCCUCGCCCUCGGGGGCCGGCCGCGAAGGGAGCUGGGUGAGGACGUGAAGGCCAGCGCGUCGGGCGAUUUCGCGACUCUCGGUGAGGCGUGGAUGGAGUCUGUGCGUGGCUUGACGUGGCUGAGGAAGUCGGCUUCAUUCCUAGGAACCAGGAAUACGAGGGGGGUGUAGAGGAUCAGGGCGAAUAAGUAGAUCAGAGCGGUAAUCAUGAAGGUGAAACGACUGCAUCCACAGCGUCGACAGAAGGCAAUCCAUGUCUUCUUUUCGUGUGUACGUCAGUCAGGGUGGCCUACUAGUCGUGGGAGUCAGCGAGCCGGCCACCGAUGAAGGCACUGCCAGCCCAUGUCAUGUACGUCAGCGACUCUAUGGCAUUCCUGUAGACACCCAUCACACACCCAUAUAUUGGGAAAAAAGACCAUGCUCACAUCCCCACCAAGUCACAAUACAUCUCGAUGCUCACCACUUGCCCCGGUGCUAUGAUGGCGUGUAGUCCAUCAGAAUGGACCGGUCUAGGGGGUUGCAUGCAUUGGUGAAGGCACCGCGCACCAGGAAGAGCACUAUGAGGAAGGGGAGAUGGUAAACUCGUGACAUGAGAAACAGACACAGGCAGCCCGCCAGUUGGUGGAGGAGGCUUGCGUGGGCCCGGCCCAUCUUGGUGCUGAGCUUCUGCGCGAGCUGCAUCCACAGGCCGAUACAGAGGGGGUAGACGGCCGUCAGAAUGCACACGUGCAUGGGCGUGAAGCUGCAUAAAGACAGACAGACAGACAGAGAGGUAAGCAUGGAAGCGAACACAUACAGCCUUUGUAUACAGCAGCGGGCACUGAGUGACGCAGCGUCAACUCCUCCCCCUGGUGAGUGAGGCCGUCCCCUCACCUACCCGUAGUCGUUUUUGAAGAAGAGCGGAAAGUAUUUCACUGUCAUGCCGCCACCGACGGACGUGAUGAAGUCGCAAACGGCGCUGCAGGCACAAAUGAAUCAGACAAAGGAAACCCACACAUGCACGGGCGAGCAAGCCGCAUAUCACUACUGCCCUCUGUCUUCCUCACCAGAUGUAAGGGAUGCACCGCUGUGCCGGCGUCGGGUGCUUGAGCAGCUCAGAAUCGUCCACAUCUUCCUGGUCGGCAUCGCCCGCUCCUCCGGCUGCUGCAGCAGCAGCUACAGCAGCCGCUGCGCCUCCCUCUCCGUUAAUCGUGAUGGCCUGGCUUUCGUCGCUGCCUCCCCCAUCACCCGCACUCCCAGCCCUCUGCUUGACACCCGUCGUAUCACUCGCCGAUGCAAAUGUGGAGCCGGUCGUGCCAUUCAUCGAAAUGCUUGAUGUCGCCUCUCGACUUCCAUUUGCGGCUUCCGCGGCGCCCUUGACCCAUGGCCGUGGGUGUCGGAAGAACCAGUUGAAGAUGCCCCACAGCGGGGCGAAGACGAUGGUGCCAAUGACGAGGGGUAUGUGGCAGAUGGACAGCGACCACCGAUCCCCAAAUGCCAGGAAGAAAAACACCAUCAUCCCCGGGCCCGCCCCCAGCCACACAGUGGCGAGGAUGCCCUUGUACGUGAAGAGCUUCGACCGCUCGCCGCGGUCCACACUGACGACAACAAAUUGACGAGGCUUCAACGACGAACGAGGGGAGGCAGGGGAUGACAUGUCGACUCACCUGUCGGCGAAGAUGGCCUCCGUUGCGGACGAAACCUCAGCGAAAACGCCCCACAGAAGCAGAUUGAAGUAGAUGAGGUAGAUUGAGUCGGUCAGGAGUGCGUAAGCUCCACUGAUGCUGGCCACAAGCAGUCCAACGCUGCUCACCUUGGUGAGCAACGUCCUGUCCAGCCUGUCCACCAGCAGCCCCCUGGCACCGCACACACUAGUGACGUCAGACCGCUGAUGGACUCGCCGAAACCAACCGCUGACACACACACACGACACAAACGACACGUUUGUCUGCGUCGUCUUUGUAUGCCCAGUGCUCUGUGUGUGUGUGUGUGUGUGUGUGCUUGCCUCGGUUGGCCUUGGCCUCGCCCCACAUUCUGCUCGACAGCAGAUAAAGGUAGGUAUCUGAUCGUCCGUCAAUGCAGUGCAACACACGACAGAAUUAAAGACGUCAGGUGCUCCGCUCAUGCAUCGUGAGAUUUCGUGUCCUGACCGACCGAAGAUGCCUCCUUGUGCUGUUGCAUAGUAGAGGGUGCAGAAGGCGGACGAGGCAAACAUCAGCCUGACAUUGAGUCGUCUGUUCCUGGCGUACAGCUCCGCCCGGGAGAACGAAGCUGCCAGGGGAAGCAU